GGCUCAUUCAUUCAUUUCAUUCGUCCAAAUGGAACAUGGCGGUGCUAGGCAGGAUGUGCAUAAGUCUGUAAUUUUUGCAUUUAUCAACGAGUUGCAGAUUCAAGAUUAAUUUUAGUUUCUUUUUGUUCUACUUUGUGUAUUGAUUACCUAAUUAGUGAAAAAUAUAUCCCUGCCAAAGGGAUUGUCGUUGGACUUAUAAUUUUUGCGAUGAUAAUUAUUACUUCAUUGGUGGUGUAAAAAUAAUUGUGACAAAUAUACCUCAUUAUCUCAGUUAGAUUCUCAGCACUGAGCAUGGAUUUCCUGUGAUUCUUCUUCAUUUAGCAAGGCGUGGUGGUCAUGGCUACGCUCAUCCAAGAGAAUGGCAUCAAGGAGUUGAGCAAAGGCACCCACGGCGUGGUGUCGAACCAUGGCAUCACCGCGCACAGCGUCGCCAGCCACAUGGUGCCCGACCACGAGUACUGCGAGGCGGGCGCCGCGGCCGCGCCUCAGCCCGCGCCCGCGCCCGCCGCCGACGACGACGACACGCCCGAAAUAGACAUCAUGAUAAACAAUGUCGUGUGCAGUUUUAGUGUUAAGUGCCACCUCAAUCUGAGACAGAUCGCGUUGAACGGUGUUAACGUCGAGUUCCGCCGCGAGAACGGCAUGGUGACGAUGAAGCUGCGGCGGCCCUACACCACGGCGUCGAUCUGGUCGUCGGGCCGCAUCACGUGCACGGGCGCCACGAGCGAGGACCAGGCCAAGGUGGCGGCCCGGCGGUACGCGCGCGCGCUGCAGAAGCUCGGCUUCCAGGUCCGCUUCCAGAACUUCCGCGUCGUCAACGUCCUAGGCACCUGCCGAAUGCCCUUCGGCAUCCGCAUCAUAGCCUUCUCCAAUAAAUACAAAGAAGCAGAUUAUGAACCAGAGCUACAUCCAGGUGUUACGUAUAAACUAUACAAUCCUAAAGCUACAUUGAAAAUAUUUUCUACGGGUGGUGUCACAAUUACAGCGCGCAGCGUGAACGACGUGCAGUCGGCGGUGGAGCGCAUCUUCCCGCUGGUGUACGAGUUCCGCAAGCCGCGCUCGGCGGCCGACGAGGAGGCGCUGCGGCAGAAGCGCGCGGGCCGCGCCGGCGCCGCGCCCGCCGCCGCGCCGCCGCCGCCGCCCGCCGACCCCAUGCACCUCGUCACGCUGUCCGACGACGACAACGACGCCUGGGAGUGACCGGCGCCGCCCGCCCAGUGAUGCACGGACCAUGACGCCGUUCCAUACCAGACUCUCGGUUGUCAGUGCGCGCGUGUGAUGUCGGCGAGCCACUCGGUUCAUGCCAAAGAUAUUUAUUAGGGGUGGUGCUUCGCGCUCGGCGCCCGCGCUUUGGUACCGGUUCGCUCCCGCGGACCCACCGUUUUCGUGAUGCUCCUGUGACCUCUUGUGACCUCUAGUAUGCGUAGGUGAAGUCGUUUGCGUCUAAACCAAAAUUGUCAUGAAUUCUACUAAAAAUAAUGUUCAGAGAAUAAAUCUCGGUAACGAUACUCAGUCUCGUUUUUCAUUUGCUGUUAUGAUUGAAGAAGAAGUAGUGAUAAUAGUGUUCAAUAAGAUUUGUUCUAAGAAAGAUGACUGAAUGAUUAGUUAGAU